GCCGUGCCACCCUGUGACCUCCCUUUUCUACUUGCAGUCUGCUGACAGCUAUGUCACCGCUGAAGCCCUCUUCUAGCUCCCCUGCAGUUCCUGAGACUCAGUCCCUGACUCCACUCCUGGGGGUGCUGUGUCAGCUGCAGCCUGAGGGAAUUGUGGCAGGAGGCAUUUCGUAGGCACACACGGCUGCACCUGCACCACUAAAUUUGGAGCAACAUGGCCAGCCCGAUGCCUUUCCCUUUCAACCUGCGAGAAAAUAUGUUCCAAGAGGAACAGCCGCACUAUCGAAUCCCAGCCCUGCUCUACAUUCAGAAGUCCCACACCAUCCUGGCUUUCGCCGAGCAGCGGGGGGGUGAGAAGGAUGAAAGCGCCAAGCUGAUAGUCAUGCACAGAGGCACGUACAAUGAGACUACGCACGCCGUUCAGUGGGAAAAAGUGAAGACCAUUGUCAAGGCUCCACUGGGUGACCACCGCCCCAUGAACCCAUGUCCUGUGUAUGAUGAAGUCACUGGAAAUGUCGUUCUGGUCUUUAUAGCUGUCGAGGGAAACAUCUCUGAGCAACACCAGCUCGACAAGAAGGAAAACAAGGCCCGUCUGUGCCAGGUCACCAGCGCUGACAAUGGAGUCUCCUGGAGCCCUGUGACAGAUCUCACUGACACUGACACAGUGCCCAAGGCCUGGGCUACCUUUGCAGUGGGACCAGGCCACGGUUUACAGCUAAACAAUGAGGUUAAGAGUCUAGUGAUUCCAGCACAUGCCUAUUGGAUACAUGAAAAUAGUUCUCCGUCCCCCCACCCCUUCUGCUUUGUUAGUGAUGACCAUGGGAAGACCUGGAAAAGGGGAAACUUUCUGUCAGAGAAGAAAGCUGGGGAAUGCCAGGUGGUUGAAUUGAGGAGCCAAGGAAAGUCAGUGCUGUACUGCAACGCUAGAAGCAAAGAGAGAGCCAGAGUCCAGGCUGUGAGCUACAACGAGGGGAGGGAUUUUCCCAGUGACCAACAGUGUAAAAUUCAGAAUCUGGUAGAACCUCCCGAGGGCUGUCACGGGAGUGUUAUUGGCUUCCCAAGACCCGCUGGUGUGCAGUCAGAGGAGGACACGUGGGUCCUCUAUUCUCACCCCAUAGACCGUAACGAGCGGAAAGAUUUAGGUGUGUACCUCAACAAGGAACCCUUAAAUCCAGAAAGCUGGACAGAACCCACUGUCAUCUACAAGGGCUACUGUGCUUAUUCGGAUCUGCAGUACAUGGGGCCAGGCCCUGAUGGCUCACCCCUGUUCUCCUGCCUCUUUGAGUCUGGUACCAAAUCCAACUAUGAGAAGAUCCUCUUCUUUAUGUUCACUCUGAAACAAGUCUUUCCAUAUGACUGCUGAGCCUCAGAGGACAGGCCCGUGCAGUGUCCAUGUUAGAACCACCUGAGCUGACAC